AUGGGUAUCGACCUGGACCGUCACCAUGUGCGCAGCACCCACCGCAAGGCGCCGAAGAGCGAAAAUGUCUACCUGCAGGUCCUUGUGAAGCUCUACCGCUUUCUCGCCCGCCGCACGGAGUCCAACUUCAACAAAGUUGUGCUGCGCCGCCUUUUUAUGUCGAGAAUCAACCGCCCUCCCGUCUCCCUUUCGCGACUCGUUUCCAAUGUCACCGAUUCUCACAAGGGCAAGACCAUCGUCGUGAUUGGAACCAUUACUGAUGACAAUCGUCUUCUCACCGUUCCCAAACUCUCUGUGGCCGCGUUGCGAUUCACCGCUACUGCGAGAGCCAGGAUUGAGAAGGCUGGGGGUGAGACUCUGACUUUGGAUCAGCUCGCACUUCGGGCACCUACUGGAGCCAACACUCUCCUCCUCCGUGGCCCCAAGAACGCUCGUGAAGCUGUCAAGCACUUCGGCUUCGGACCCCACAGCCACAAGAAACCUUACGUUCGAAGCAAGGGUCGGAAAUUCGAGAGAGCUCGCGGACGUAGAAGGUCUCGUGGCUUCAAGGUUUAA